AUGAAUUCAUUCAAUUUACUAAUUUUAAACACUAUAUUGACUAGAUUUGAUAUAUAUCCAAGUUAUAUUAAUAAUUUGAACGAAAAACAAAAAUUUUUUUAUUAUUUCUCAAAUAAAAGAAUCUUAGAUUUGAUAAAAGGAUUNUUAUAAGCUAAUGAAUAAAUUUAGAUUGUAGUCUAAAGACUUAUAGAAGAUUAAAAUACUAUGAUUACUAGAAGCAAAUUUAAAGAAUCAAACAUCAUUAAUAAUUUAGAGUAAAACCCUCCAAAAUAGAUUUAACGUGAGUGUCAUUAGAAUAAAGAGAAAAUAUUAUAAAUUAAAAUAACUCCUGAACCUAAUAUAGACAGACCAUGUUGUUUAUGUUAUGAAGGAAAUGAAAACACUUGUGGUAAAAUUAUUACAAUACCAAAUUCUUUAAGGAAAUUAUAGGCACAUUCUUAAUGCUUUAAAAAUAUUAAUAAUCCAAAAUAAAUAGAAUUUGAUAAAGUAUAUUUAUUAUAUAGAACAUAUGUAAAUUAGAUCAAUUUAUAUUUAGGAAUGUUCAAUUUGUGAAAAAUAAGGGGCUUCAUUUGUUUGUGAGAAAUGUAACUAAAAAUAUCAUUUUCCAUGCUUUGUUGACUCUAGCUAAGAAGGUAUAUUACAAUGUAAUUGUUAAAAAAAUUGA